AUUAACGACUAACUAUGUUAUUAGGCUCCCCAUGGCCGCGAGGUUAGGUACAUAGUGGUGGGGGCUUCCUACGAUCCGAUCCUAGUAGGAUUAGUAAUGCACGCGGUACACUGCACACACACAUACAAGCUGGCGAGCUUGAAAACAAAGUGAUUGAGAUGAUGAUCUGCAUUGGUUACCUAGUGAUUGUAUUUCUGUCAGUUAAACCAGUUAAUACAUAACGCAUAACGUAUAGUUUUAUAUUUGGAGAUGCUAUGGAAUUUCAUAUAAAAUUGCAGAUACAUGUUACUUUAUUAUUCACAUAAAUGAUUGACAACUUACUUGUCCAUGAAUGUUUUUUUAAUUCAAUGAAGAAUGGCUAAUAAGGCAGAUUGGUGUGAUGCAAAUGUUACAUAUCUCAUUGAUAUCUGCAAAAAAGAGAUAGAAGAUGACAAUAGGCCUAUGCGAGUUUUCACUAGGACAGGUUGGAAAAUUUUGGUUACAAAGUAUGAAGAAAAAAUAGGCCUAAAGCUAACAAAGAAACAAUUGAAGAACAAGUUGGACAACAUGAAAAAGGAGUAUACAUGGUUCAUGGAGUUCAAGAAUGCGACCACUGGUCUUGGAUGGAAUGAGGCAAAGCAAACUAUUGACUGCUCCAAAGAUUGGUGGGAUGAACACCUAGCAAGAUGUAACAAUCCGGAUAUAGGUAUCAAAUGCAACCAUGUUAGGUUCAGAAAACAAGGACCAAAACAUCUUGAUGAUCUACAUAAGUUGUUUGAUAAGAUACAUGUUAGCGGGACAAGUGCAUCAUGUCCUGGAGAUAUUUCAUCUGAUGACUCAAGUGAUGAUGUGGUAGAGAUAGAAAGAACUCCAGAAAAUGAUGAAGUCAAAGUGGCUGUUUCGAAAAGAUCCAAACCAGUGAAAAGGAAACGCAAGGCCUCAUGUACUGCUGUUGAGGAGAAGGAAGAGAAGAGUCCAUUCUUUCGACUAUAUAAGAACAUAUGUUUGAAGAUAGAAACAGUAGCAGAGAAGAUAUCCACAAGUGUUGAAGCAUCAUCAACACAUCCAACAAGCCAAGUGCCUAGCAUUGCAGAGACUAUGAAGAUGGUGAAAGAUUGUGGGGUUAAAGAGAAAACAACUCUAAUGCAUACAACCACAUUUUUUAUUGUCAAGCAUGAAUUCAGAGAGGUCUUCUGCAUGCUGGAAACAAAUGAAGGAAGGUUUGACUUACUUGAGAGGGAGCAUGCAAAGGAAAUGAUGAGGCACAUGUAGAAGAUUUGAAUUAUUUAUUUAUAUUAUUGUGUUGUGAGAACUAUUUAUUUGCUUG